AAUGGGCUGAAUAGGGAGAGGUCUAUUAUAGGCACGACGCUCGGGCAUGCGGGUGUAAUUACGGAGUUUCCUUUGGAGGGGACUAGAAGUUUGGAGGGGGGGAAGAGUUUCUGGGUUGUUUAUGAUCCGAUUUUCUCAUUGAGGGCAGGGCCUACACAAUAUACCGGGCCAAAGAGGUUGAGACCACCGCCGUGUCAGGUGGCGGAUUUACCAGGCUGUGAUGCCGUUAUGAUCUCACAUAACCAUUAUGAUCACUUGGAUUUGUCUACUAUCGAGGCGAUAUUCAAAAAAUUCCCUAAGGCUAGGUACUUUGUUCCUUUGGGGAACAAAGGUUGGAUUUGUUCCCUUGGUGUACCGCAGAAUAGGGUCCAUGAGCUUGACUGGUGGCAAAACACGGAAUAUAGCGUACAGGACUUUAGGUAUACGAUAACACAGAAUGCAAACGACUCUACGAUAUUACGCUUUACUUGUGUUCCAGCCCAACACAAUUCCGGAAGAGGAGCCUUUGACCAAGGUAAUACGCUCUGGUGCGGGUGGGUCAUUGAACAACUGCUCGUAUCGAAAUAUGAAGCCGAGAUCUCUCACACUAAAAGAAAAGGCGCUAUAUAUCAUGCAGGAGAUACGGGCUACCGAAGAACAUCAAAGUCCACCGCCAUAUGCCCUAUCUUUAAGGAAAUCGGGCAGAAAUUUGGACCAUUUGACCUAUCAUUCGUGCCGAUAUGGAGAGGUGGUAGUCUAGGAUUUAUAUCUUAUCUUGGCUUAAGGCUAUCGCAUGACAAUAUCCCUUCUGCCUUGCAUUUAACACCGGCAGACGCAAUUAGUAUUCACAAUGAUGUAUUAUCGAGGAAUACAGUAGCAGUGCAUUUUGGGACUUUCGUUGGGUCGGAGAAUGAGUCUUUAGAGGCGAUUAUAGAGUUUAAUAAGAGGAGG